AGUAUUUCACGCAUCAAAACUCGAAAGGAUUUGGCACAACCACCACCGCCAACAGAAGGCAAAAUGGACGACAAAGAAGGAGGAACAUCCGAGUCGGGACCGAGUCACCACUGGGGCGAUUUGACUCACGAGUGUCUCGUUAACAUCCUUUCCCGCGUAUCACUCGAAGACCGAUGGCGGGGAGCUAUGGUCGUCUGCAAGCCAUGGCUGCACGCCUGCAAGGAGCCCUGUCUCAACUCGGUCUUUGACCUCGAAACUCGCUUCGACUCAUCCACUGAGUUGCCCCGUUACUGGACUCCCGAGUUCGAACGCAAAAUCGAUGCCAUGCUUCUAUCCGUCGUCGCUUGGAGCGAUGGAUCCCUCACUGAAAUCCGCGUCAGACACUGCUCUAACCGCUCUCUCUCUUUAGUUUCUGAAAGGUGCCCCAAUCUUCAAGUUCUUUCCAUCAAGAGCUCUCCUCAUGUUACAGAUGAAGUUGUUGCUAAAAUAGCUUCUGGCUGCCCCAACCUUAGGGAACUUGAUAUUAGCUAUUGCUAUGAAAUAUCUCAUGAAUCUAUGGCACUUAUAGGAAGGCACUGCCCGAAGUUGCAGGUUUUCAGGCGGAAUUUGAUGAAUUGGUUGGAUCCUUCUCAACAUCAUGGUAUUGUACCUGGUGAGUAUCUGGAUGCUUGUCCUCAAGAUGGGGAUGCAGAUGCUACUGCAAUUGGGAAAUUUAUGCCUCAUCUCCUGCAUCUCGAACUUCGGUUUUCCAAAUUGACGGCCAAAGGUCUUGUUUUGAUAUCCGAAGGGUGUUCGGAUCUUGAAUAUCUGGAUUUAUCUGGAUGUGCAAAUGUAACUAGUCGUGAUAUAGCAAAUGCAUCUUCCAGUUUGAAGAAUUUGAAAACCAUAAAAAGGCCUAACUUCUACAUUCCUAGGUCUGUUUUCCAUGUUGAAAGGUAUGGCCAUUGGAGAUUAUAUGACGAACGCUUCCAGACCGAUGCAUUUCGUAUUUGAUGUUGGAAAUUGUAAACACUGAUAAAUCAUCUGUAAUACGCAUUUCGUAUUCGAUCUAUUGUCUAGGUAUUUGAUCAAAUAUCUUCUAUGUAGUUAACGCAUUUUAUUUC